GCUACUGUACAGUACAAAUGAAAAUGUAUAUAAAAUGUCAAAGUAUACGCAUAAAAUAUAAUUUUAUAUGGCCAAUUCCUAUACACUGAAGUUUCAUAUGAACAUAAUGUCGUCUAAAAAAACAAAAGGUAAGGAUUCGCCCCCAAAAGAAGCAGCUCCAAAGGAAACACCAGCAAAAGAAGCGGGUAAAACAAAGAAAAAUGAACCACCACCAAAACCAGAAACAGCAGCCGCAGCAGCGGCAAAAGCAGACGCCCAAAAGAAGGAAACUGAAGCUGCUUCAACAUCAAAAAAUGCCACCGCUACUACUGAGGAGUCUACCGAAAAAAUUAUGUCCAUCAAUAGCAAAGAAUUAUUUGAUAAAGCACUUGCAAGUGCUGGCAAUAAAAUUGUAAUGGUCGAGUUUUUCGCUGAAUGGUGUGGACCAUGCAAAAAGAUCACACCAAAACUGGAAGAGUUAUCAACUCAAUAUGCCGAAAGAUUGAUCAUGUUAAAGGUAGACGUUGACGAUUGUGAGGACAUCGCUAUACAGUAUAAAGUAACCAGUAUGCCCACUUUUAUAUUCUUAAAAAAUAAUGAAAAAGUUGAGGAAGUCAUUGGCAGCAAUACCGAUAAAAUUGAAAAGGCGUUAGAAAAACUUUUUGCAACAGAAACUAGAACGUAGUAGUCUAGUAAAUUUUAGGAUGGCAUACAUUGUAAAGGACAAAUUUGAUUUGCAGCAAAAGUUGAUAGAAGCGGGAGACAAAUUGGUGGUGCUUGCCUUCUAUGCAAACUG